CAUGGCGGAGACCCGGCGUGUGUGAGGGCGGACCCCAGAGGCUCGGAGGCCAAUGGCUUAUCGCAAGAGGCCGUGGGGGGCGGGAAAGACGGCCGACGCAGGCCCAACCCGAGGCUCGGGAGGUGGUUAGGGAGUGAAUUUUCUGGAAGGCGACUUUAAAGGCGCCGGGCCGGAGCGAAGGACGUUUUGGUGCCGCCGCCGCCGCCGCCCGGGUCGGGGAGGGGACGCACUGGUGGCAGGAAGCGAGCUGCGCCGGGGUCGUCGCGGAACCAGUUGGUGACCCUGCAGGAUGAACCACAAGAGCAAGAAGCGGAUCCGCGAGGCCAAGCGGAGUGCGCGGCCGGAGCUGAAGGACUCGCUGGACUGGAUCCGGCACAACUACUACGAGAGCUUCUCGCUGAACCCGGCGGCCGUUGCGGACAAUGUGGAAAGGGCAGACGCCUUACAGUUGUCGGUGGGUGAAUUUGUGGAACGUUACGAAAGACCGUACAAGCCCGUGGUUCUGCUGAAUGCCCAAGAGGGCUGGUCCGCGCAGGAGAAAUGGACUCUGGAGCGCCUCAAAAGGAAAUACCGGAACCAGAAAUUCAAGUGUGGUGAGGAUAACGACGGCUAUUCCGUGAAGAUGAAGAUGAAAUACUACAUCGAGUACAUGGAGAGCACCCGAGAUGACAGCCCCCUUUACAUCUUUGACAGCAGCUAUGGGGAACACCCCAAAAGAAGGAAACUUUUGGAAGACUACAAGGUGCCCAAGUUCUUCACCGAUGACCUUUUCCAGUAUGCGGGGGAGAAGCGCAGGCCCCCUUACAGGUGGUUUGUGAUGGGGCCACCACGCUCUGGAACCGGAAUUCACAUCGACCCUCUGGGAACCAGUGCCUGGAAUGCCUUAGUUCAGGGCCACAAGCGCUGGUGCCUGUUCCCUACCAGCACGCCCAGGGAACUCAUCAAGGUGACCCGAGAAGAAGGAGGGAACCAGCAAGAUGAAGCUAUUACUUGGUUUAAUGUCAUCUAUCCCCGGACACAGCUUCCAACCUGGCCACCCGAAUUCAAACCCCUGGAAGUCUUACAAAAACCAGGAGAGACUGUCUUUGUACCAGGAGGCUGGUGGCACGUUGUCCUCAACCUUGACACCACCAUUGCCAUUACCCAGAAUUUUGCCAGCAGCACCAACUUCCCUGUUGUCUGGCACAAGACGGUAAGAGGGAGACCAAAGUUAUCAAGGAAAUGGUAUAGGAUCUUGAAGCAGGAGCACCCCGAGUUGGCGGUCCUGGCUGACUCCGUCGACCUGCAGGAGUCCACGGGCAUCGCCUCCGACAGCUCCAGCGACUCCUCCAGCUCCUCCAGCUCCAGCUCGUCCGACUCGGACUCAGAGUGCGAGUCUGGCUCUGAAGGCGAGGGGACGAUGCACCGCAGGAAGAAGAGGAGGACGUGCAGCACAGUGGGAAACGGGGACACCACCUCCCAGGACGACUGUGUGAGCAAAGAGCGCAGCUCCUCCAGGUGACCGCGCGUGGCUGUCGUCUGUGUGCAAGGACGUGCCUGCAGCCUGCGGCGGGGCCCUGGGGGGCAGCCUUGUGGAUCCCGCAGACCCAGGAGGGCCAGCGAAAGCCAGAGAAUGAGGAGGCUCUGGGAAUGGGAGUCCAGUCACUUAGCAUUUGCUACCGUAGCUUUUUUCUCCGCUACCGAUGCAAGUGAACGUGGCUUGUUUUAUGCAUAAGGGCGAGAAUCUACGUGGAUGGUGCCAAGGGAACCCUUUACAUUAUUUAAUAAUAAAAGUUAAAUUCAUUUUA